UCCUCAUUCACUCAUCACACAAAUGGGCUGCAACCAAAGCACCAGCAAAGACGUCGACGACUCGGCUCGCGUCCGCGCACCCACUUCGUCCGUUGCACAGCAAUCGCAGCGCCACCAGACGGCAGCACAGGACGCCCCCAGUCGCGCGUCCGCAGCAGGCCAGACCGCCGCCGCUGCAUCCCCUGCCCGCGCUGUCCCCGCUGGAAAGAAGUCCGAAGGCAGCUCGUAUCUGAGCAAAUCCGAGCACGACCGAAAGCUCAUCAUGUCGGGCGAAUUCUACAAGCUGAUUAUCGACCGCACUGCCGGCAACUUUAUCGAUGUCAUGCGUGAUGAUGAUGUCACCUUGAUCAGCAACGUAACGGCAUUCGAUCGCUCCAAGCAAUACAACGCCGUCUUGGCACAAAGCAAGGUUGGUGACUCUGGCGCGCUCGUGUUCGACCUGCCCACACCGUCCAAGACGGUCACCGGCCCCGCUGCUGUUGAUCUGCUUGCGGCACCAGCUCUUUCUAGCAGUGAUAAGGAUUUGAUUCACUCGGUCGCUUCGGCAAUCGAGAAGGGCAACAAGCAAGUUGCAGUUCGAUUCUCGGAAAGUAUUGUUGCAUCGCUUCCUACCAUCUAACCAUCGGGCAAUGGAAGUUACAGGGACUGUUCAUCCCCUGGCGUUAUUGGGUUUUGUGUGUGUGCCUCUAUUGCAGUUUUCUUGUUUGUUCGUUCUCAAAGUUAUGAUUUUUACAUGUUGUUGGUUUUUUUGAUUUCGAUUCAAAAACAUCUCUCAGUGGUAUGCUCUUUUUGAACUUGUUGAUUCCAAUUCAAAAUACAAGUCCGCUUCGUCACUCUGCCCACUGGCUUCCCCAUCGACGCACGGCAGUCGAGCAGUCUUGGAAUCUUGUGACGGCAUCCACGAUCUGGGCCGGCUCCACCAUCAUUCGCAUCAUGCGGUACUCUUUGGGCACAUGGAAGGCGUUUGGAUGCACUGGCUUGAUGAGUUCGAUCGCUUGCAAAUGCUCAAAUGCCUGUGGUUCAUUGAAAUUGUGGCAUGAGUCUUGCUGUUUCGUGAUCGCCUGGGCCAACGCGUUGUGGUCACGCUUGUUGGUCUCACUCACCUUCAGAGAUACAGGCUUGCUAAAAAAGUCGAUAACGUGCACAUUCGAGUUUGCAAAAGCCUUGUACUCUUCGUACACCAUUUCAAAGUUGAAGGGCUCGAGCACCCCGACUUUGACUUGAACGUGGUUGAUCGCAAUCAUGAGGCAUAGUUCCAAAGUCGAGAGACCUGUGCGAUUGAAAUUCGCAAAAAAUGAACAAAACAAUAAAAGC